AGAUUCCAAGAUGAGGGACUUGAAAUGUGUCGGUCAUCACGUGAGCCGUUUGCCGGAUUCUAGAGAUACUAUCGGUUCAUUUAGCGAGUGUGUUGCGCUACAGCCGCCGCAAUGUGAAAUUCCUGGCUUAGAAGCGGCUGACUUGGUUGGAAUCGCAUUAGAGCGAGAAUCCGACAAGAUGUGCGUGGUUUCAUUCCGAGGGGUUGGUGAUGGGCGAGUAAAUUUGGAAGAUGGAUUGCUCCGGCUUUCUGAGGAACUUCUCCAUAAGGAAGUGGCAUCUCUCGCGUGGACGUGGGAUGGAUUGGCGAUAGUUUCCAGGGAUGGAUCCAUAGCCGUUUAUGCAGAUGGAUCUUGGAGUAUAUGCCGCCCAUCUGAUGAAACCGAUGACCCUGUUGUUGAAGUAUCGCGGAGUUCGGAUGGUGAAAUCUUCAUUUUGCUGAGAUCGAGUGGCGUUCUUACCUUGCUUGAUUCGGCAUGGUAUGAAAUCUGUGCGGUGGCUCUUGAAGACGUUAUGCAUGCAAUCGAAACAUCAGUAUCCGUUGGCUGGGGUGACGAGAAGACUCAAUUCAAAGGAGUUGGGGCAGCCAAGGCUGCACGUGAAGGGAAAGUUGGAGCGGAUGUGUCACAUUCCGUUGUCGACGUUGGCAAGUACUUCAUUUCUUGGCGGGGAGAUGGCGAAUUCUUCGCAGUGAGUCACCUAAUGUCGAGUGGAUCCCGAGUACUGCGUGUUUUUGAUCGUCAAGGGCAAUUGAUGCAUUCAAGCGCUCCCAAUGCCCUCGGUCUAUGUCUGGCGUGGCAGCCCUCCGGAUCACUUCUUGCUUCAUCACUCCACAAAGCCGAUAGACUGUGCAUCGUAUUCUUCGAAAAGAAUUGUAUGCCUUGGAGUGAAUUUGUGUUGGCAUCGACAAAAAGCCAUGAAAUUUCAGUUACUGCUCUGGAGUGGAAUUCAUCGUCUGAUAUAUUGUGCGUCGCGACAAAGUCACCAGAAAAUGAGAAGGUACAAUUGUGGUCGAGAAGUAACUACCACUGGGAUUGUAAAUUUACAAUUGAUCUGAGCUGUCGAGAUCUCCUCAACGUUUGCUGGGAUCAAAGAAGUGCCUUCAAACUGCAUAUUAUUUGUCGAGAUUCUUACGAGUGCUUUCUCUGGAGUACUAAAGUUACCACCUCCAGGCACAUAUCUGCAGCCUGGAUUGCUGUUGUUAGUGGAAACGAAGUUCGGGUGACACCGUUGGGCAAGCGAACGAUACCUCCUCCCAUGAGUCACCAGGUGAUGAAGAACUCACAGCCAGUGCAGUGCGUCGAAUUCAGUCAAAACCCGCACGAAAAUUGUUUUGCCUGCGUACAGAAUUCAGUGAUCUCAAUUUACAGCUCUGUUCCACGUGCAGAUGACAUCGGAGAAUUCAGCGCCGUUGCUCACUACGAAUGUAAAUCUGCGCCUAACUUAUAUUUGUGGGCGUUUGUAGGUGAAGGACUGAUGUAUGCCAUCCAAGAUGGAAAGUUGGUUAUCCUGUGUGCGGUCGACGAAAAAAUGUGCGUUGAGGAAGCUCCUUGGGCACAGCACAUCACAUCAAUCAAGAAUACUUGUACGUUCGCAUCCGGAGCGUGCUUUCUAGAUGGCGGUGGGAUUCUUCAUGUCUCUCGAAGCAAAGGAAACAUUGACAAUACCUUGAAGCUGGGCGGAAAUUGUGUCGAUAUUGCGUAUGACGAUCAUAACAACAUCGGAUUCGGAUGGGACGCUGUUGGUGGAAAACUGUUCGCUAAUGAUUGGGAGUUGAUUCGUGGUGUGACGUCUUUCCGGAUACACGAUUCGAAUUUUCUUUUGGUGACGACUGGUGGUUCCGACUGUGUGCUUUGGUGUAUUUCAACGAAGAAGCUCUCUCAAGAACUCAAAGCUAAGGAGCGGAGAAGUGUGGAAGAUUUAGGAGUGAAGCGGAAGGUUGAAAACGGAGCUAAAAUCGUUGUCUCUUGCCCAGAAUCAUCUGCCGUGAUUCUUCAAAUGCCGCGAGGAAAUAUAGAAACUGUUUAUCCGAGGGAACUCUUGCUCUCCAGAAUUGCAAGUCUGUUGCAGGAAAAUGCCUGGCUUAUGGCGUACGAAAUGAUGAGAAGACAUAGGAUAAAUUUAAACGUUUUGAGUGACUAUGAUGCUGAGAAUUUUCUGAGUAAUAUUAGUUUAUUCGUUUCGGUGUUGAGUCCUGAAUACAUCGCGCAGUUUGUUCUUGAAUUGACAAAUGACGAUGUCACAAAGACCUUGUACAUAGCCUCGUAUGAACGGGAAUCCACUUGGCGGAGCGUCUUGAAGAAUUCUGGUGAUUUUACCUGCAAAGUUGAUGUAGUUUGUGGUGAGCUGAGAAGAGUGAUGUUGGCGAAAGAUCCUGUGACUCUUUACAAACCAAUUCUCGCCUCGUUCGCUCAGUGUGUUUCUCCAAACUUGGAAGGAGCCAUUUGUUUUCUGGCAUCGAUGAACCGGGAAGUUCUCCAGGCUGGCCUGAAGUAUUUGAUAUAUCUGAGCAAUGUUGAUGCUUUAUUCAAUGCUGCACUUGGAACCUACGAUACUCAACUUGCUGCCAUGGUUGCUGAGCUUUCACAGAAAGACCCAAAAGAGUACAUUCCGUUUUUGGAAGCGUUCAAGAAGUUGGAUUCUCCUUUCAGGGAGUACAGCAUUGAUAUUCAUUUGCAACGUUGGGGACAUGCCUUGAAUCACCUCUCAAGCAUUUGGGACACUUCGGCCGACGCGAAAGCAUUAUUUCUCAAGCUUGUAAAAGAAAAAGCAUUAUUCAAGCAUGCCAUGAAAUUGUCUCCACGUGGUUCAGAGCUUUUUAGGGAAGUAACUUUGAUGUACGGCGAGUUUCUCCUCAAGAUGGGUCGCAGAGAAGAGGCAGCAUUGGUGUACGCGACAGGUGGUCAUCAUGAGAAUGCAGCCAAAGCAUUUGCCGCUAGUGGGGAAGAACAUCUUGCUUAUUCGGAAGUGCAGAAGUGUGGAAUUGGAUUCGUGGACGUGGGACGCGUUUUGGCGAAUGCGUUGGCGACGAAGCGCGAAUUCUCGCGGGCUGCAAGAAUAGCCAUCGAAUGGUGCGAAGACGUGGACACAGCUGUUCAGUUGCUGAUGGAUGGGCGUCUGUGGAGUGAAGCCAUUGGAAUAUCUCAACGGUUCUCUUGCUCAUUCCACGAGACGAUUGUAGAGAAGCUUCUGGAUUUUGUGAACAACCUGAUACGUACCUUCAGUGAAACUGGGGAACAGUUGUCGCAGCGAACGGGUCGAUAUGAAGUGGUCACGAAAUCCAAGUUCGAAGACGCGUUCAAUACCGGCGAUGGCGAAAACUUUCCCGAUGUUAUUUCUGAAACUGAAACAAGCGUAUCUGAAGCUUCGUCGUUGGCUUCUUCAAGAUCUCAGCGAUCCAUUGCCCGUAAGAAGAAAAAAGAGGAGAGGAAAAUGCGAAGUCUUCGGGAAGGAAGUAGAACUGAAGAUCUGGCCUUAGUCGCUACAAUACAUUCUCAAAUAAUCGCCGUUUAUGUGACGAAGAAUGACGUGCGCGAGGCACUCAUCACACUGACAGCGCUUGAUCGUUGGGACUUGGCCAAGGAACUGCAACGGGCGUAUUCAAUUGCAUUAAGCGUUUGCAAGAAUUGUUCCUUGCGGAUUUGGCCAUCUUGGUUGUGUGCGGCGGAUCUUGAAGCUCAAGAACUAAGUACCUUGGUACCUGGCGCCUCAGCGGCGCAAAAUGUUGAAACCGUUUCGAGGACCAUCGCUUUCAGGAAGUUUACUAGAUCGAGAUUCAGUUUUCUGGAGCCCGUACUUCGAUAUGCUCCUGGGAUGACGAUGGAUAUUGCAUGGUAUCACGGUAUUCUUGCUGAAGGGGAAGAAGAUGUGAAGCACCUUCGGUCUCGAACGGAACUGGGAAUAUUUUGA